ACUAGUGACACCGUAGCAGCAUCUGUCUGCUCGUUUUGGUGAAAUCCACUGAGAUCCGACAAUCUAAAGUUCAGGUUUUUUUCUUGCCAACUCCGCAGAAUGCAGUCGGAUAUGUUUCUGCAUGCGGCCAAUUUCAGCACUCUGUUCGUGUGCAUGGUGCUGAAGUUCCCGCAGAUCUUUGCACUGAUGCGAGCGAAAUCUUCGACUGGAGUCAGCCUCAACAGUCUCCUGCUGGAGUUGAUCGGGUUCAUUGUGUUUGUAACGUACCAGAUGUAUUAUGACUACCCACCUCCAACAUACCUGGAAUAUCCAAUCCUCAUCACUCAAGAUGUCGUUCUUCUGCUCCUGAUUCUUCACUACAACGGCAGCCUGCGGCACGGCCUCAUCUACGCCUUAGUGUUUGUCGGAGGCUGGAGGCUGCUCACUGUGGAGAAGUGGAUCAUAGAUUUGGCCAUGAGCCUGUGCACGUUCAUCAGUGCAGCCAGUAAAUUUGCCCAGCUGCAGUGCCUGUGGCGAUCCAAGGACGCUGGACAGGUUAGCGCCCUCUCCUGGGGCAUGGCUGCCUACACAUGUAUGGCGCGGAUCUACACCACCACAGCGACAACUGGAGACAUGCAGGUUCUGGUGCGCUUCAUCGCCAUGACCUUCCUGAACUUGUGGGUGCUGCUCACCGUGCUCUACUACCAGAAACACAGCAGCAGAUCCAAGAAAGACGACUAAGCUUUAACACUGGCUCAGUGAUGAGUUCAUUCACUGGUGUUUACAGGGUCACUGUGGACACAGGCAGUACUGAAAAACAGAACUGACGGGUAGCAACGGUUAUGCCAGAUGCUUUAAUGAUACUUACCCUUAAAAUGUGCUUAUUAUAGCGUUUUUACCUCAGUGUAAACAGUAUAACCUUUUUAAAUAACAUUCCAGUGACUAGAUAUCUGCUACAACUCUACUGAGGACAGAGACCAAUGCUUUUUCAUACUGCAUGUGCACAAAAGAAAAAAAAAGUGAAGUGUAAUUUGACAGGACAGCACAAGCCAAGUACAUCUGAGAUCUUCCUACUCAGGACAAAAAGAAAUACUGUAUUUUGAAAAGCUUUUAUAAAAUGUAAAGUUCUUUUCCAAACUAUUUUAAUAAACCAGAACAUUCCAGUUU